CGAUUUGUUUGCCUGGAUGCGAUGAGCAACACGGCUUUUGCGACAAACCUGGGGAAUGCAAAUGCAGAGUGGGUUGGCAGGGGCGAUAUUGUGAUGAGUGCAUCCGAUACCCAGGCUGCCUUCAUGGUACCUGUCAGCAGCCGUGGCAGUGCAACUGCCAGGAAGGCUGGGGUGGCCUUUUCUGUAACCAGGACCUGAACUACUGUACCCACCACAAGCCCUGCAAGAACGGUGCCACAUGCACCAACACCGGUCAGGGGAGCUACACUUGUUCUUGCCGGCCUGGGUACACAGGCUCCAACUGUGAGAUUGAAAUCAAUGAAUGUGACGCCAACCCUUGCAAGAAUGGUGGAAGCUGCACUGACCUCGAGAACAGCUAUUCCUGUACCUGCCCCCCAGGCUUCUAUGGUAAAAACUGUGAGCUGAGUGCAAUGACUUGCGCUGAUGGACCAUGCUUCAACGGUGGGCGAUGCACCGACAACCCUGAUGGGGGAUACAGCUGCCGCUGCCCACUGGGUUACUCUGGGUUCAACUGUGAGAAGAAAAUUGAUUACUGCAGUUCCAGCCCUUGUGCUAAUGGAGCCCAGUGCGUCGACCUGGGGAACUCCUACAUAUGCCAGUGCCAGGCUGGCUUCACGGGGAGACACUGUGAUGAUAACGUGGAUGACUGCGCCUCCUCUCCCUGCGUCAAUGGAGGGACUUGCCAGGAUGGCAUCAAUGACUAUUCCUGCACCUGCCCUCCAGGAUACAACGGGAAGAACUGCAGCACCCCGGUGAGCAGAUGCGAACACAACCCCUGUCACAACGGGGCCACCUGCCAUGAAAGAAACAACCGCUAUGUCUGUGAGUGUGCCCGGGGGUACGGCGGGCUCAACUGCCAGUUUUUGCUCCCUGAGCCGCCUCAGGGACCAGUCAUCGUAGACUUCACCGAGAAAUACACAGAAGGCCAGAACUCCCAAUUCCCCUGGAUCGCCGUCUGUGCUGGGAUUAUUCUGGUCCUCAUGCUGUUGCUGGGGUGCGCUGCUGUGGUUGUCUGCGUCAGGCUCCGAGUGCAGAAGAGGCACCACCAGCCUGAUGCCUGCAGGAGCGAGACUGAGACCAUGAACAACCUGGCAAACUGCCAGCGUGAGAAGGACAUUUCGAUAAGUGUAAUUGGUGCCACUCAGAUUAAAAACACGAAUAAGAAAGUAGACUUUCACAGUGAUAACUCUGAUAAAAAUGGCUACAAAGUCAGAUACCCAUCAGUGGAUUACAAUUUGGUGCAUGAACUCAAGAAUGAGGACUCUGUUAAAGAGGAGCACAGCAAAUGUGAAGCCAAGUGUGAAACGUAUGAUUCAGAGGCAGAGGAGAAAAGUGCAGUACAACUAAAGAGUGAUACUUCUGAAAGAAAACGACCAGAUUCAGUAUACUCCACUUCAAAGGACACGAAGUACCAGUCGGUGUAUGUCAUAUCAGAAGAGAAAGAUGAGUGCAUCAUAGCAACUGAGGUGUAAACCAGAGGCGAUAUGGCAAGGUGGUUGUUCAGAACAAUUUCAGAGGAGAUGUGCCCCGACGAAUGCUGCUGAAAGAGGAAUGGGAGAUAGAUUCCUUCACUGACUGCUGCUGAGAAACUAAAUUCAGGCUUGAGCUGGUUCUCUACUGAAGUUAGCAAAGUGACUGCAAAAUAGAGAAACAAGAUGGACACCAGGCAAGGGUCUGUGUUCAAGGAUUACUGUUGCACUGCCUUUUACGAAUUUUAUCAUUGCACUAUGGUCAGUUGCUUUUCUAUAUAUAUUUAAAUGAAUGGACUUAAUUACUACAUAAGAAGCAUGCACUGCCUGAAGUGUAUAUUUUGGAUUCUUAUGAGCCAGUCUUUUCUUGAAUUAGAGACACAAACACUGCCUUUAUUGUCUUUUUUGAUACUAAAAUGUGUUUUUACUAGGUGAGAAAAGUGUGUUAUUUUUUUGAAUCUGUAAAAAUAUUUUCAUGAUGAUUGUAAAGCUUGAGUAUUUUGUGAUGUUCAUUUUUUUAUAAUUUAAAUUUUUUGGUAAAUAUGUACAAAGGCACUUCGGGUCUAUGUGACUAUAUUUUUUUGUAUAUAAAUGUAUUUAUGGAAUAUUGUGCAAAUGUUAUUUGAGUUUUUUUACUGUUUUGUUAAUGAAGAAAUUCAUUUUUAAAAUAUUUU